AUGAUUGCAACGCGCACCCCAGCGCUGCUUGCUUUCAGGCCUUUCCAACAUGGCUAUCGGUUGAACCAGCUUGACCAGAACAUCCUCCUUUCUCUCUACAACUCCGCUCCACGUCAUUCGCGAAUAUCAAGCCGUUUAGUGCAGGCGUGGGCGAGACCUGCUUCUUCUGCGCCGGUCCGCAGUCUUCGGGGGCCGCAGUCAUUUACAAAACCCACUCGCGCAUUUUGCCGGACCAACGUGCCAUUCCAGUCAAGCAUAGCAGCACAGGCGCGACACUUCACCUGCAGCCGCACGCUGUUCGAGACACCGACGCCGGUCAUAAAGGAGCAGCAGAGAUCAAAGUCUGAGAACGACGACAAUGAGGAGGAAGCUUUUCAGAAAAGUGAGAAAGCGAGUCAGGCGUCUCAGGUCAACCUCAGCGCCAGACUAUCAAAGGAAGGUGCUGCUGGUAAGAGUGCUGGGUUCGGAGAGAUAUGGCGAUUGAUCAAGAUUGCACGCCCCGAGGCACGGGUCUUGGGAUGGGCAUUCUUGCUACUUCUGAUAUCUUCAUCGAUUACCAUGUCCAUCCCGUUCUCGAUCGGCAAGAUCUUGGAUAUAGCCACCAAAGGCGGAGCAAAGACCGAUGGCGAGGAAGGCGAGCAGAAGUCCGAGAUGCUGUUCGGCUUGAACUUGACGACCUUUUACACCGCUCUGUUGGCUAUCCUGGCAACUGGUGCUGCCGCAAACUAUGGCCGGAUCAUCAUCCUUCGAAUCGUGGGCGAGAGGAUAGUAGCUCGGCUGCGGUCGAGACUGUUUCGCCAGACCUAUAUUCAGAACGCCGAGUUUUUCGAUGCAAAUCGUGUGGGCGACUUGAUUUCUAGGCUUAGUUCCGACACAAUUAUCGUCGGCAAAUCCAUCACACAGAAUCUGUCGGAUGGACUUCGUGCCUUUGUCUCUGGUGCGGCGGGGUUCGGCUUGAUGGCCUGGGUGUCUCUCAAGCUGACAGGAAUAUUAACCCUGCUCUUCCCUCCAGUGGCUAUUGGCGCAUUCUUCUAUGGACGAGCUAUUCGAAAUCUAAGCCGAAAAAUCCAGAAGAGUGUUGGAGAUCUGACCAAGAUUGCGGAAGAGAGGCUGGGAAAUGUGCGAACAUCACAGGCCUUUGCUGGCGAAAUCCUCGAAGUCCAUCGGUAUAAUACCCAGGUCCGCAAGAUCUUCGAGCUGGGCAAAAGAGAAUCCAUUAUCAGCGCGACUUUCUUCUCUUCAACGGGUUUUAUGGGCAAUAUGACCAUCUUGUCCCUUCUCUACGUCGGUGGCGGGAUGGUUUCCAACGGAACCAUCAGCAUUGGAGAACUCACCUCCUUCCUCAUGUACACAGCUUACGCUGGUUCUUCCCUUUUCGGCCUGUCAUCGUUCUACUCCGAAUUAAUGAAAGGCGUUGGAGCUGCAUCCCGGUUGUUCGAGUUGCAGGACCGGGAGCCUACGAUAUCUCCUACAAAGGGCGAGAAAGUUGUGUCAGCACGCGGGCCUAUUCGGUUCGAAAACCUGUCCUUCAGCUACCCUACAAGGCCUGCUGUGUCCAUCUUCAAGAAUUUGGACUUUGAGAUCCCUCAAGGCGCCAAUGUGGCCAUUGUUGGUCCAUCGGGCGGUGGGAAGAGUACAAUUGCCUCAUUGAUUUUGCGGUUCUACACACCCACAGAAGGUCGAAUCCUCAUCGAUGGGAAGGACAUCGCGAACAUGAACAUCAAGUCGCUUAGGCGGAGGAUUGGCAUUGUGUCCCAAGAACCCGUCUUAUUCUCUGGCACCAUUGCCGAAAAUAUAGCCUACGGCAGACCUCACGCGACGCGAGGUGAAAUUAUGCGUGCUGCAAGGCGAGCAAACUGCCGGUUUAUCAGCGAUUUUCCCGAUGGUCUCGACACUUCCGUUGGUGCACGUGGGACGCAGUUGUCUGGCGGCCAAAAGCAACGAAUCGCCAUUGCGCGAGCAUUGGUCAAGGACCCGGACGUCUUGGUUCUCGAUGAAGCGACUUCUGCCCUCGACGCUGAGUCCGAGACUUUGGUGAAUGAAGCGCUCGCGUCAUUGCUCAGGGGCAACAACACAACUAUUUCAAUCGCCCAUCGUCUGUCCACCAUCAAGCGGUCUGACACAAUCAUCUGUCUUGGCAGCGAUGGGCGUGUUGCCGAGAUGGGAUCGUACCAGGAACUCAGCAGUCGACCAGACGGUGCCUUCACGAAACUUAUGGAGUGGCAAAUGAGCGGUGGCGAAACAGCAGCGAAUGAUGUGAAUAAACUGGCGAUUGAUCCGGAACACAAGGGACCGCCGACGGAGAAAGAUGAGAUCGAUGCUGAACUUGAAGAGAAGAGUGAGGGGGACAGUGACGAGGAUCUCGAGGCUAAUAAGGCCAAAGAAGGGGUCCACAAAGCCUUGGGAGAGAAAAAGACCUAG